CUACGCGUUAUUCGCACUGGAACGGCCCGGUGGUAAAGAAAACAUAACCUUUUGAAAUUUAUGUUCUUUAGGUCUGUUAAAGAAAAAUACUGAAAUGCAGUUAAUUUUUCUUGGAACGGCAUCGUGUUACCCUACUGCCCAUAGGGCUGUCUCCUGUACUGGGUUGCGGUUUGAAGAUGGCUUUGUAUGGCUGUUUGAUUGCGGGGAAGGCUCCCAAGUGCAAGUUCAAAAGAGUUCAAUCAGGCCUAGCCGAAUAACAAAGAUCUUUAUAACACAUUUGCACGGUGACCACCUUUUUGGUAUUUCAGGACUUAUUUGUACGCUUGGCAAUCAAGUCAUGGAUCGAAAGGAUUUUGUCCUAGAGCUCUACGGUCCUCGGGGCUUGAGGCGAUAUGUACGAGAAGUGCUCUGCCUCUCUAGAUCUCCUCUCCCUUUCCCAUUCAGAGUUCAUGAAUUAAUUCCAAUGGAUGAUCAAUUACCUAGAAACUGGUCAUCCUGGGGUGUUACACAAGAAGCAACUGGUCCCCCUCAUCCUCAAGAGUUGCCAGGAAGAGAUAUUUGUGCUGAAAAUGGAGUUUGGGAAGUGUUUGAAGAUGACAGUGUUUCAGUGCAGGCUGGCAGAGUCAAGCAUAGAGUUCCCACUUUUGGUUAUGUUAUCACUGAAUGCACUCGUCCUGGCAAGCUAAAUGUUGAAAAAUUAAAAGAAUUAGGUGUGAAGCCAGGUCCUCUUUAUGCUACUAUUAAGGGAGGAAAAGAAAUAACCAGUCCAGCAGGACAUAUUAUAUUUCCAACAGAUGUUAUAGGACCCCCCAUUCAUGGCCGCAAAAUAACAAUUUUAGGUGACACUUACAAUUCUGACCAAAUGCUGGAUUUAGUGAGAAAUAGUGAUGUUCUUGUUCAUGAAGCUACCCUUGAGGAUUCAAUGAAAGAGAAAGCAAUUGAAAAUGGCCACUCUACUCCAAGUAUGGCAGCAGAAUAUGCCUUGAAAGCUGAUGUUCGAAAGCUAAUCUUAUACCAUUUUAGUCAACGUUAUAAGUCAGAGCCUACAGAGGAAGAAAAGCUACUGGAGAAACAAGCUUCUGGUACUGGAGACCAAACAUUAGAUGAAGAAGGAUCAGAUGAUAAAGAUGUUUCUUAUGUUUCCAUUUUACUAUCAGAAGCCAGCUCAGCUUUAGAAUGCAGCAACUGUUCAGUAAUGGUUGCUGAAGAUUUGUUGGAGGUUGACAUCCCCAGAGUGAUAAGCACAUGAGAAGCUUUGAGUAGAAACAUUAUCAAAUCAUCCGUACUUUGUCAAAUGAUGUUACAUUGAUUAUUCCAUUAAUUAGCUUUUUAUGUCAAUACAUGGGCAUAUCUAUUUUUGAAAUGUUAAUGUUAAUCACUCAAGGUUAAUUAAAUUAAAACCAUGUUAGUUUUA